UAGUUAUACAAGAAGUAAUAUAGUCAACAUACCGGUGUAAUUGUGUAAAGAUUACGCUCUAGUUGAAAGGUGCACACUAUGAAGUAGCAUGGUGCAUCCGAGCGUGCUAGAAAACUCUCUCUAUCUUUAAAGUUAAUUAAAUAAAUAAAUAAAUUAUAAGGAAUGUACCCUAAAGCAAAAUAUUACGCAUAGAGCACGAUAGAAAUGCAAUGCUGACGCGGGGCCUACUAAAUCCAGGCAUAACACAGAUGGAUGUGGGGCCGGGCCGAAUCGGACAUGUCAGCGAUCCAAAUCCGGACGCAGCUGACCCAACUAUAAAACGGGGCCACCCGGUCCGGAGGUGGGGUCAGAAAUCGCAAAUGGGUUCUGAGAUGCCUUUCAAUGACUUCUCCGCUUCUCAACCCGACAACCCUCACUCUCUCCUCACUCCACCCCAGAAUUACCACCUUGCCCCUCCAAGCCCCGCCGCCUCCGCCGAGACCGCCACCUCUCUCAGGAUUGGCUCGGUCAGAGAUCGCCACACCAAGGUCAACGGACGCGGACGGCGAGUCAGGAUGCCGGCGCUCUGCGCCGCUCGCAUCUUCCAGCUCACCCGGGAGCUCGGCCACCGCACGGAGGGGGAGACCAUCCAGUGGCUUCUAUGCCAGGCUGAGCCCGCCAUCAUCGCCGCCACCGGAACUGGGACCACCCCAGCGUCUGUUGUCACCACCUCUCCGUCCGGGGCAACUUCGCGCCCUCCGCCGUCAGGUAUGGCGCCGCUGGCGACAGGGCUGGGCCAGCUCCAGCAUUUACCCUUUGCUUUUGCCUUACCGUCUUCGACCUUCGGCUCUGGAAAUCAGAUACAGCCGCAAAUAGCCAACCCGGUUCGACCACUGUCGGCGCUUCCCCGCACCAACGGCGGAAGCAGAUACGUCCACCAAGCUGUGCCAGAGAUGGGAUUGUUCUCGAUUAGUCCGCCGUGCUGCCGGUUUGACUUGACGCUGCCAUCGCACGAUUUUCCCGGCCACGGUGACCGGGAAAUGACGUUCACGUCUAUGCUGAUGAUGCAGACGUCGUCGGCGAAUGGUGUGGAGGAACAGGCGCCCCUUGAUGAUGUCGCCAAACAGUAGAUAUAGAGCUGGAAUUCGAUGUAUGUUAGGGUUUCAGAGGCCAGAACUUGAUUGGAUUUGUACUUUUAGUUGAAUGAAUCCGGAAAGAAACCGAACUUUGGGAAUGAUUUUGAAUUUUAGAUAAUCGAACUUUGCGAAUCUGGAGAACACUUUUUUAUAAAUUUAAUUCGCAAAAAUUCAACUUUUGAGAAAGCUAAUUCAAUCGUAUACGGAAUACAUAAUUGAUAAAUAAGAUGGGCUUUUGUCCGGAAUAGUAGUAAUAAAGGUUAACUCACAAAAAAUUGACCCUUUUUAAUGUGAUUAAUAUUUAAUAAGCUUACUUAUUUACUCAUUUUUCAUGGUGAUUUGGUAUGGUGAAACGCUAAUCCAUCACCACCACCCAUCACCUCCGACUGGUGACCGCUGCCGACCUGAGAUCAUCGUCGGUCAUAGUGACAAUGACGUAUUGACACCGUCACAGUGACGUCGUCAUAGUGAUGCCGCAACAGUGACGCUGUCAUAGUGACACGACGCCGUAGUGACGCCGUCGUAGUGACUCCACCGUGAACCACCGCCGUCGACCACUGCAGUUACAACUCCGACCCGGCAACCACCACCGUUGACGGCCACUUCCCCCCUCCAGCCCUCCCAGUGACCACAUCAGCCCUGCCCA